AUUGUGCCGUACAUUCGUCGGGAUUGCAAAACAUUCCUGAGAAAUAUACCUGCUAUUUAUGGCAUGUGGCUGGUAACUUUUUUCCUGCUGUAUUCUUUUCAAGAAGUGCACAGCGAGGAUGUGGGCUCGACGCGGCUGUACUUUGUGAACGCCUCCUUGCAGAGGGUGACGUUCUCCAGCUCGGUGGGGGUGUCCCUGCCCUGCCCAGCAGGGGGUGCCCCCAGCGCCAUCCUGCGCUGGUACCUGGCCACCGGCGACGACAUCUAUGACGUCCCGCACAUCCGCCACGUGCACGCCAACGGGACGCUGCAGCUCUACCCCUUCUCCCCCUCCGCCUUCAACAGCUUCAUCCAUGACAACGACUACUUCUGCACCGCCGAGAACCAGGCCGGCAAGAUCCGUAGCCCCAACAUCCGUGUCAAGGCCGUGUUCAGGGAGCCCUACACUGUGCGCGUGGCGGACCAGCGUUCCAUGCGGGGCAACGUGGCUGUCUUCAAGUGCCUCAUACCGGCUGCCGUGCAGGAGUACGUCAGCGUGGUGUCCUGGGAGAAGGACACUGUCUCCAUUUCACCAGGUAACAGGUUCUUCCUGACGUCCUACGGUGCUCUGUACAUAUCGGACGUGCAGAAGGAGGACGCCCUCUCCACCUACCGCUGCAUCACCAAGCACAAGUACAGCGGAGAGACCAGGCAGAGCAAUGGGGCCAGGCUCUCUGUCAUGGACCCGACGGAGACUGUCCCCUCCAUCCUGGACAGCUUCCAGUCGGGGGAGGUGCAGGCGGGGCGCAGCGUGGAGCUGCCCUGCAUCGCCUCGGGGUACCCCAACCCCACCAUCCGCUGGCUGAAGGACGGCCGGCCGCUGCCCACCGACUCCCGCUGGACACGGCGCCUGACCGGCCUGACCGUCAGCGACCUGCGGCUCGAGGACAGUGGCAACUACAUCUGCGAGGUUACCAACAGCUUCGGCUCCAAGGAGGUGACCGGCCACCUCAACGUCAUCGAACCCCUGCGCGUGACCCUCUCCCCCAAGAACCUGAAGACGGGCAUCAGCAGCACGCUGUUCUUCACCUGCGCCGUGCAGGGCUCGCCGGAGUUCACCGUGUCCUGGUACCGCAACACCGAGCCCAUCGUGCCCGACCAGCACAUCUCCAUCCAGGGGGCCCACAAUGAGACCCUGCAGAUCACCGCCGCCCAGAAGAAGCACUCCGGUGCCUACCAGUGCUUCGCCAGCCGCAAGGGCCAGACCAGCCAGGACUUCUCCAUCAUCCUGCUGGAGGACGGGACGCCCCGCAUUGUGACGUCCUUCAGCGAGCGCGUGGUGGCCCCGGGCGAGCCCUUCUCCCUGGUGUGCGCGGCCAAGGGGGCCCCGCCGCCCACCAUCACCUGGACGCUGGACGACGAGCCGGUGGUGCGGGACUCGGCACACCGCACCAGCCAGUACACGCUGUCGGACGGCAGCACGGUGUCGCACGUCAACGUCAGCAGCCCGCAGAUCCGCGACGGGGGCGUGUACCGCUGCGCCGCUCGCAACUCCGCCGGUAGCGCAGAGUACCAAGCGCGCAUAAACGUAAGAGGGCCCCCCAGUAUCCGGGCCAUGCGGAACAUCACGGCGGUGGCCGGGCGCAACACCUACAUCAACUGCCGAGUGAUCGGCUACCCCUACUACUCCAUCAAGUGGUACAAGGACGGCAUGCUGCUGCCCGACAACCACCGGCAGGUGGUGUACGAGAACGGCACGCUGAAGCUGAGCGACGUGCAGAAGGGCAUGGACGAGGGCGCCUACGUCUGCAGCGUGCUCAUCCAGCCGCAGCUCUCCAUCAGCCAGAGCGUGCACGUCACCGUCAAAGUGCCACCUCUGAUCCAGCCCUUCGACAUCCCCUCCACGUCCAUCGGGAAGCUGAUGUACAUCGCCUGCGUGGUGUCGUCGGGCGACAUGCCCAUCCGCAUCACCUGGCGCAAGGACGGCCAGAUCAUCGUGCCGGGCUCCUCCGGCGUCGCCAUAGAGACCAAGGAGUUCAUGAGCUCCCUGCAGAUCUCCAAGGUCUCGCUCAAGCACAACGGCAACUACACCUGCAUCGCCAGCAACGACGCCGCCACUGUCAGCUGGGAGAGGCAGCUCAUCGUCACCGUUCCUCCCCGCUUUGUGGUGCAACCCAACAACCAGGAUGGGAUCUACGGCAAGGCAGGGGUCCUCAACUGCUCUGUGGAUGGGUACCCCCCACCCAAAGUCAUGUGGAAGCACGCCAAAGGAAUUGGGAACCCCCAGCAGUACCACCCGGUGCCGCUGACGGGUCGGAUCCAGAUCAUGGCAAACGGGUCACUGUUAAUCCGGCACGUUCUGGAGGACGACCGUGGGUACUACCUGUGCCAGGCCAGCAACGGAGUGGGCUCUGACAUCAGCAAGAGCAUGGUGCUCACCGUCAAGAUCCCAGCCAUGAUCACGUCCCACCCCAACACAACCAUGGCCAUCAAGGGGCAGAACAAGGAGCUCAACUGCACCGCCCGGGGGGAGCAGCCCAUAAUAAUCCGCUGGGAACGGGGUGACACUGUCAUCGAUGCCGAGAGGAACCCUCGCUACUCCAUCACUAUCAACAAGAAGGGGGACGAGGUCAUCUCCACCCUCAAGCUGAAGCCUGCAGAGCGUGGAGACUCUGUGUUCUUCUCCUGCCACGCCAUUAACUCAUAUGGAGAGGGACGAGGACUUAUCCAGCUCACUGUGCAAGAGCCCCCGGACCCCCCGGAGCUGGAGGUGCGUGAGGUGAAGGACAGAAGCAUGAACCUGCGCUGGACCCAGAGGUUUGACGGGAACAGCAUCAUCACCAGCUUCGACAUCGAGUACAAGAACAAGUCCGACUCCUGGGACUAUAAGUACGCCACACGGAACAUCUCCCCCACCAACAACCAGGCCAACAUCGUGGAGCUGCACCCAGCCAGCGUCUACAGCAUCCGCAUGUACUCCUACAACAAGAUCGGCCGCAGCCAGGCCAGCAAGGAGCUGACCAUCAGCACCGAGGAAGCACAACCGGACGGCCCACCAAUGGACGUGACCCUGCAGCCAAUGACUUCCCAGAGCAUCCGGGUCACCUGGAAGGCCCCCAAGAAGGAGUUUCAGAACGGGGUGAUCCGGGGGUACCAGAUCGGGUACCGGGAGAACGGGCCGGGCAGCAACGGACAGUACAGCAUUGUGGAGAUGAAGGCCACAGGCGACAGCGAGGUCUACACCCUGGACAACCUGAAGAAGUUCGCCCAGUACGGGGUGGUGGUGCAGGCCUUCAACCGGGCCGGCACCGGGCCCUCCAGUUCCGAGAUCAACGCCACCACACUGGAGGAUGUGCCCAGCCAGCCCCCUCAGAACGUGCGGGCCAUCACCGUCACCUCGGAUGAGGCGGUCAUCACGUGGGCGGAGCCACCGCGGAUGACCCUGAAUGGGGUGCUUAAGGGCUACCGGGUGGUGUUCUGGUCCGUCUUCCCUGAUGGAGAAUGGGGGGAGAUGCAGAACAUUACCACCCCCAGGGAGCAGGUGGCGCUAAAGGGCCUGGAGAAGUUCACCAACUACAGCGUGCAGGUGCUGGCGUACACGCAGGCAGGGGAUGGCGUGCGGAGCAACGUGCUGUACAUCCAGACCCGCGAGGACCAUCCGGGCCCUCCAGCUGGCAUCAAAGCCGUCCCCUCCUCCCCCACCAGCGUGGUUGUGUCCUGGCUCCCCCCGGCCAAGCCCAAUGGUAUCAUCCGCAAGUACACCAUCUACUGUUCCAGCCCGGGCUCCGGGCAGCCGGCCCCUAGUGAGUACGAGGCAAACCCUGAGCUGCUGUUCUACCGGAUCACCCACCUGACCCGUGGGCAGCAGUACCUCAUCUGGGCUGCGGCCGUCACCACCGCUGGGCGGGGCAACAUCAGCGAGAAGGUCACCGUGGAGCCUGCUGGGAAGGCACCCGCCAAGAUCCUGUCCUUUGGGGGCACAGUGACCACACCCUGGAUGAGGGAGGUGCGGCUGCCCUGCAGCUCUGUUGGGGAGCCCACGCCCACCAUCAAGUGGACCAAAGACAGUGAGGACACAGCCAUUCCCGUGACUCUGGAUGGUCAGCGGCUCAUACUGGCCAAUGGCACGCUGGUGCUGCGCUCAGUCAAAGCCGAAGAUUCUGGGUACUACACAUGCACAGCCACCAACACAUUGGGGUUCGACACCAUCAUCGUCAACCUCGUGGUGCAAGUGCCCCCUGACCAGCCCCGCUUGACUGUCUCCACCACCUCCACCUCCUCCAUCACACUGGCCUGGAUACCCGGGGACAAUGGAGGAAGCUCCAUCAGAGGCUUCGUCCUGCAGUACUCGGUGGACAACACGGAGGAGUGGAAGGAUGUCUUCAUCAGCUCCACUGAGCGCUCUUUCAAGCUGGACAACCUGCGCUGCGGCACCUGGUACAAGGUCAAGCUGGCGGCCAAAAACAGCGUGGGAGCCGGCCGCAUCAGCGAGAUCAUCGAGGCCAAGACCCACGGCAGAGAGCCCCAGUUCAACAAGGACCAGCCCCUGCUGACCCACAUCAACUCCACCCACGCGGGCCUCAACCUGCAGGGCUGGGCGAGCGGCGGCUGCCCCAUCACCGCCGUGCUGCUGGAGUUCCGGCCCAAGGGCACCUGGGCCUGGCAGAACUUGCGUGCCAACACCUCGGCCGACCUCUUCCUGGCCGAGCUGCGGGAGGCCACCUGGUACGAGCUGAAGAUGAAGGCCUGCAACAGCGCCGGCUGCGGCAACCAGACCUCGCAGUUCGCCACCACCGACUACGACGGGAGUACAAUCCCCCCGAUCAAGUCUGCGCGCGGGGAGGGGGACGACGUGAAGAAGCUGUUCACCAUCGCCUGCCCCGUCAUCCUGGUGACGCUGGGCCUGGCCCUGCUCUUCAUCAUCCGCAAGAAGCGCAAGGAGAAGAGGCUGAAAAGACUGAGGGAUGCCAAGAGCCUUGCAGAAAUGCUUAUCAGUAAGAACAAUCGCAGCUUCGACACCCCUGUGAAGGGCCCCCCAGCGGGCCCCCGGCUCCACAUCGACAUCCCCCGCGUCCAGCUCCUCAUCGAGGACAAGGAGGGCAUCAAACAGCUGGGUGAAGACAAGGCUGCCAUCCCUGUGACAGACACAGAGUUUAGCCAAUCGGUGAAUCCGCAGAGCUUCUGCACGGGCGUGUCCCUCCAUCACCCCGCCCUCAUCCAGAACACAGGCCCCUUGAUUGACAUGUCAGACAUCCGUCCAGGGACCAACCCGGUGUCCAGGAAGAGUGUGAAGUCAGCCCACAGCACACGGAACCGCUACUCCAGCCAGUGGACCCUGACCAGGCCCGGUCAGUGCCAGGCCUCCACGCCCGCCCGCACUCUCACCUCUGACUGGCGCACAGUGGGCUCCCAGCACGGCAUCACCGUCACCGAGAGCGACAGCUACAGCGCCAGCCUGUCACAGGAUACGGACAAAGGGCGCAACAGCAUGGUGUCGACAGAGAGCGCGUCCUCCACCUACGAGGAGCUGGCCCGGGCCUACGAGCACGCCAAGCUGGAGGAGCAUCUACAGCACGCCAAGUUCCAGAUCACCGAGUGCUUCAUCUCGGACAGCUCCUCGGACCAGAUGACCACGGGCACCAACGACAACGCCGACAGCAUGACUUCCAUGAGCACACCCUCGGAGCCGGGCAUCUGCCGCUUCACCGCCUCGCCACCCAAGCCCCAGGACUACGACCGUGGCAAGAACGUGGCCGUGCCCAUUCCCCACCGCGCCAACAAGAGUGACUACUGCAACCUCCCCCUCUACAUGAAGUCGGACCCUUUUUUCCGCAAGCAGCCCGACCUCCACGACCCCUGCCCCGUGGUUCCCCCCCGCGAGGCGUCCAUCCGCAGCCUGGCCGCGCGGGGAUACCACACGCAGGGCCGCCACAUGACUUUGGACCCGGGCAAGCAGCAGGCCCUGACGCUGGGACACGCCGGGCUCGGGGGCGGCUCGGGCACGGCCACCCUGCCCCAGAGGACUCUUACCAUGCCCGGCUCGUCAGGCUCCAGUGCCAAUGCCGUCGUCACUGCUGCAGCCGCCACCGGGGCAACCAGCGCUAGCAGCAAUCCCACCUCUGCCACCAAAGUGGGUGGCUCCAGAGACUCCCUCCUGGAGAGCAGCUCGUCCGGGCUUGGCAGACUGCAGAAGCAAGGGGCCGGGGCCUACUCCAAGUCUUAUACUCUGGUGUAGCACACAGGAGCUAAAGAGGGUGGGGGCGGGACAGGGCAUGUGGACAUUGAGGGAUGGAGAGGGGACGGGGGCAUCGGUUUGCAUCAAUGUCAGAAGAGACAGGCCACCAGGGGGUGCACACAGAUCAUCCACAGUACUGAGGCUGUUUUCCACCAAUCACACUCUUAUCCCAUCCAUCAAGCCCUCUCUUGCCCAGUUCGAAACUUAUUCAUAAAGCACUUUCCUCACGCUCACGUUUUUCAGAUUCAGAAUCUGGAAACUGAACAUAUAGGAUUUGUAGAUCCUUAACAACAUGUGUGGAUGUUUGCUGCAAGCUGUAGGUGGUGUACUUCCUAUGGCUCCCACAGUAAAACAAUUUGAUAAAACUGCUCACCCUCACAGGAAGUGCUUUUUGUAUAAAGCCCAUCUCUCCCACACCUCUCAUCUCUGUCGCUAAGUGUUUAAAGUCAGAGAAAUCCUACAGUCAGCCUCUCUUCAGUCAGCCCUCUUGGGUUGUGCUUCACAGAGCUGGAUUGUGGCUGAGAAAAAAGAAAAAGCACCACAGUCUCUUGGUGUUGCACAUCACAGUUCUGUUCUGCUUUGUUUAUUCGGAUUUGAUGGGUAUGCUGGUUUGAUAGGACUUUUGUACUAGCCACAGGAAGAGAGAGACAGAGAUAGAGAGAGAGAGAAAGAGAGAGGGAGAGAGAGAGAGGGAGAGAGCGACUGGGCUCCUUUUCUUUGCAUUCCUUCACACCCUCUUCUGCCUCUCCUUGCACUAUAUUUGCUUGGUGCCACAGCUCAUCACCCAACCUUGCCCCCUCACCCCCACCCAGCCCCACCUGGACCUGUC